AAUGCAUCUCUGACAAGGAAGGACCACAGUAUAAGCACGCAGUCGAUUACAGUCUUCUUGCACGGUGGCUGAAACGGCGUCGCCGUCGUGGUUGAAGAAGAAGCAAGAAUGUCGCAGCUCAACAGCAACAUCCCAGUGAGCGAAGCGUUCUGGACUCUCGUCGACAAAGCCGACAAGAAAUUCUCCAAGAUCAGAGACCUCCCUUACUACCAACGAAGCAGGCAUGACACCUAUUUCUACAAGGUUUUCAAGGUGUACACCCAGCUAUGGAAGUUUCAGCAGGAGAAUCGGCAGAAGCUGGUGGAAGCGGGGCUGAAGCGAUGGGAGAUUGGCGAGAUCGCGUCGCGAAUCGGGCAACUGUAUUUCGGGCAGUACAUGAGGACCAGUGACUCCAAUUACCUAUUGGAGUCGUAUGUGUUCUAUGAGGCGAUACUGACUAGAGAGUAUUUCAAGGAGGGUUUGUUUCAGGAUGUGAAUAUUGCUAACAAGCAAUUGCGGUUCCUCGCGCGGUUUCUCAUGGUUUGUUUGGUUUUGAACCGGUGGGAGAUGGUGCACCAGCUGGUUAAUCAGCUUAAAGUAUUGGUUGAUGAAUGCAAGAGGACUUUCCAGGAAAGUGACUUUAAAGAGUGGAAGCUGGUGGUUCAGGAAAUAGUCAGAUUUUUAAAAGCUGACACUGCUUUUACGAAUAUCAGACCCUUGAGAUAUAGUCUAGUUUUGGACCCUCAUCCCGAUACUUUACCACAGACGUCUGCAGCCAUCACGAAGCGAAGUUUGAAAUUACAAGACGCUGUAUUAAGUAGCUUCCAUCACAAUGAGGUUAAGUUUUCAGAGCUCACAAUUGACACUUUUAGGAUGCUUCAGUGUCUGGAGUGGGAACCUAGUGGUUCAUUUUACCAGGCUAGUGGUUCAAAACCUAGUCAGAAUGGGGCAACUGGGACUACUCGUAUCAGUUACAUCCAAGAUAUUGCUGAUCCUACCUUACCAGCAAAUCCACGGAAAACUAUAUUAUACCGUCCUUCACUGACUCAUUUUAUAGCUGUUCUUGCCACAAUUUGUGAGGAGCUUCCUUCUGAUGGUAUUGUCCUGGUAUAUCUGUCAGCCUCAGGAUCUGGUGGUGCUGCUGCACAGAACGAAUCUGGUUGCAUACCCUUUGGUCCCCAUGGAGAUAAAGGGUCAAACUGCAUAUAUCCAUCCGAUUUUCUGCCGUUUACUAGAAGACCGCUUCUUUUAGUCAUUGAUAAUGACAACAGCAAAGCUUUUAAGGUCAUAGCAGAAGCAGAAAAGGGAAAGCCAGUAGCCAUGCUCCUUUCUCCAAGCUGUACGCCUCCUGUUGAAUUUGACUUUUCUCAUCAUUCAAAUGGGAGCCUAUUCACCAUGUUUCUUACGGCUCCUCUGCAAGCUUUCUGUCUGCUACUAGGACAUCAAGGCACUGAUAAUGAUCUGGACAUAUACAACAAAGCUGAAAUGCUUCUCUCAUCAUCAUUAAAUAACUGGGGACUUGCAUUGGCAACAUCAGAGACACUUGAUUCAGUUUGGGGACAGGUUUUAGGUGACCCCUUCAUAAGGAGACUUCUUUUGAGAUUCAUAUUUUGCCAGGAAGUGUUGGCCAGGUAUGCACCAGUUUAUAAUAAAAAGGAAUUCCUUCCAACAUGUGUCCCUUCUCUUCCAUCGCCUGUUCUGCCCGUCAGUCACUCAUAUCAAAGUGUAAUUCAGCAACUGGCCAGCAUUUUUGGCGCGACUAAGUAUUUCAUCUUCUCUGAGGAUGUUCUUCCUUAAAGUACCGAUAGAAGCGUUGAUCAGUUGUGAACUCUGAAGAUAAGCAAGAGUUUCGCUUCAGAAGCAUGUCAAUGUAUUAAUGUAAAAUACAGCUUAAUCGUAUAGCAAUCAAAAAUGAUUUCUAUCACUUUUACUGUUUUGAUCUUGAUGGGUUUCCAAGAAUUCAAGUACAUGCUUGGGUGUAAACCUGUUUUUUCAGAAUUAAGCAAAUUUAUGUGGAUUGUAGAUUGUGCUUUGACAAGAAAAACCUAUGAUGUGAUUGAAAUUAAAUUGUUCAUUACAAAA